UUGACAGAUAAACUAUUCUAAGGGUUAGAAUUUUAAAGUUUAUACAUAAAUAUCUUUUACGAGUCAGUUUAUUGAAUUAAGUUAAUUAAAUUAUUUACACAAUUCUCAAAUUUGCGCAGUUUGGUGUAAUUUUUACGAACAUACAUGGGUCAGAGAUACUUCUACUAAAAUCUAAAAUGUCUUUAAAUAUGUCUGAUCAUAAUUCUAAUUCUAAUCAGUCUUCAAUAAGCAAAGAAAACAGACCGAAGCUAAAAAUUCUAGCCUUUCAUGGCUAUCGACAAAAUGGUACCAUGUUCAGAGCAAAAAUUGGAUCCUUCAGAAAAGCAGUUUCAAAAUAUGCACAGCUAACCUUUAUUAGCGCUCCGCAUAAGGUACAUAGUGAAGAAUCUAGUGGAGAAGAAGAUGGUCGUUCUUGGUGGUUCAAUGCUGAAGACAACACAUUCAGUGGCAAGUGUCUCGGUGGUCCGGCUAUCGGAUUUGAAGAUACAUUGGAUCUGAUAAAAACUGUUGUGAAGGAGCAUGGCCCUUUUGAUGGUUUCAUGGGGUUCUCACAGGGAGCCUGUCUCGUUGGCUUAUUAGCUGCUAUGCAACAAAAAGGAUAUUUAACAUACUCAUUCAAAUUUGCUAUAUUUGCAUCUGGCUUUCGCUCUGGAAGUUUAGUCCACAAAGGAUUUUAUGAUGAAGAAAUAAAUCUUCCAUCAUUACAUGUUUAUGGGGAAAGUGACUCUAUAAUUCCUAAAGAAAUGAGUGAAUCACUUAUAAAUCUAUUCACAAAACCUAUUGUUGCUGAACAUUCUGGUGGACAUUAUGUAGCAUGCUCUGGCUCUAUAAAAGAUGCUUACUUAGACUUUUUACACGACAGAUACCAGGACCUCGUAGACCAACCGGAGGCUGAUAAUAAUAAACAGUCUUAGAUAGCUACAUUUGGUAAUAGAUGUAAAUAAAGGUUAAGAUUUAAAAA